AUGUCUUUGACCUUGACUAAAGGCUUUCCUAGGGCUCGCAAGGUCAAAUGCGACGAGGGUAAACCAAUCUGUCAGCGGUGCAUUAGCGCAGGUCGAAAAUGCGAAGGUCUGGCAUACAGUCAAACCUCCAGCCCUCAACUCCAAUUAUACCGACCUCAGAAUCUUCUGUUGGGCAAUGCAGCUAGGAGUGAUACCAGAAGUAUCGAGUUCUUCUGCAAAGUCGCUGCUCCCUCGUUGUCCGGACCCAUCGAUCCUUACUUCUGGACCAACACUGUUCUUCAGUUCUGUGAACAUGAGCCUGCUGUGCGGCAUUCAAUCAUGACGAUUAGCUCUCUGUUUGAGAAUAUCCAGUCGCGGGAUAUAUCUUCGUCAUCUACGACACGAAGGAGUGUGUUUGCGUUGAAUCAUUAUAAUGCGGCAAUACGGGAACUCCAGACGCCUCAUAACCCCGAUCUUGUGCUGACGUUAAUGAGUUGUUUGCUUUUUGUCUGUAUCGAGGUUCUGCAGUCUAAUGCUGAUGCCGCUAUUCGCCAUUGUUACCAUGGUAUCAACUUGCUCGGUACAUCGAAUCCGCCAGAAUGGGCGCUACAUCAUCUCUUACCAAUAUUCCGUCGUCUUAGCGUCUUGCCCUUUUACUUCGGCAAUUCGCAGCCGUUGGCCGACUGUCCUCCUCUCACACAACCCUGCGAGACCAUCGAUUCAUCAUUUUCUUCCUUCUCCCAAGCUCAGGCCUCGAUGGACGCUAUCUAUAACUUAACCAUACAGCUAUUCCGUCGGACGGGCGACUAUCGUCUUGGUGAAAAGAGGAAUCAACCUGCCGAACCAAGCAUGUUCCUCGAACAAGAUCAAAUUCAUCAGUGUCUUAACCAAUGGCGGUCUGCGUUUGGCAAGUUCGAAGCUGAAACUCCUGCCACUUUACGUCAGACCUCCGAAUCGUGCCGAAUAUGGAUAUUCCAGCAGUAUGAAGUCUGCAUAAUUCUAUCAAAUGUGCCUUUUCUUACCGACGAAACGGAUUAUGACAUGUACAUCCCUAAUUUCAAACGCAUGGUACAAGGCGCAAAACAGCUCGCAGGGAUGAAGAAGACAUCAGCACCCACUGAGUUCCACUUUGAAAUGGGAUAUGCACCGUUUCUUUUCUUUGUGGCUAUCAAAUGCCGGCAUCUCGAAACUCGAAUUGAAGCAUUGCGGUUCAUGAGUGUUCUCUGUGCUGCUCAGGAAAGUCUUUGGAAUAGCCAUACACUGCAGGCAGUUGCGCAGCGCACGAUCGAUCUUGAGCAUUGUAUAACAGGGCAGGCUGCCGAGAACUUCUCAGCGCAGUAUGACUCGUUGCCACCUGAUGAUAUGAGAGUCCGGCACUUUGUUCUUGGGCCUGCAGAGUCUGGCCAAGGGUCACUUGGCAGAGAGAUAACCUUCUACAUGCCGGCAAAGGAUGGAAAUAUAUGUAUCAAGCGCGAACGCCUUCCCAUAAAACAGUUGAAUGAAGCGCUUGAGGGUGCGCCGGGAGUAUUUGAAGUGGACCUUGAGAUGGAAAGGUUGAGCCUGUAUGAGAUAGAGGAUAGCGAGACUAGCACGAUCUCAAGUCAUGUGGAGAGCUUGUUAUAA